UGAUAAGUGCACUUUAUAUUCUUUCCAUUCACUGUGCCGUGCAUUAAUGUAUUCCAAUGAUUACAAACGCAACGGAGGCAUCGCUGGCGGACUGAUUUACGUCCCCGCUGUGAUAACGACGGGAUUUUAUUUCGAAAGAUGGAGAGCUUUGGCAACCGGCAUUGCAGUCUGCGGUUCCGGGAUCGGAGCCUUCUUACUUGCGCCUAUCUCCGAUUUGUUAAUCAAGCAGUUCGGAUGGAGAGGAGCAUUGCUGAUCCAGGGUGGAAUGCUUCUGAAUUGUGCGAUUUUUGGAGCGAUGUUUCGUCCUUUGAAACCGACUCGAAUUAAAGUAAAGGCGCAGCAACCGGAAGAUGUCGGUAACGAAACCAAAACACCUUUGAUGGGAAAAGGUGUUUCUACGACUUCGCUGCACGUGGGUCAACCGAUUAGACAUCGGUUUUUUGGGACCAACAACAAUAUGGAGUACCCUACAGCGGCUCAAGUGAUUGGCAGUAGUCCAGAUAUAAUGAAUAGCCGUUCGUUGCACUCGUUACAUAAGAUGAACAUGGUGCCAAAGUUAGAGAGAAAACUGAGCACCUCGGAGAAGAGAUUAUCUGUUCCGAUUUAUCCCGAGUUGGACGUCAACGACGACCAAGAACUAAAAAUUGUGGAAGAGGAGAACAAUCUGCUGAGUGGAGAUCUGGCUAGGCUCAACGGAAGGAUACCAACGAUCCGAAGGCACACGAUUAGCGAACGUCAUCUGCGGGCCAAUUCAGACGGAAGCCAAAAGUCCUUGAGGACGAGCAGAAGAGGGACGUUAACCAAAGAUACACAGAGGCCAUUUUACAGAGAUGAUAUCUUUUACGGAGGUUCUUUGCACAGGUUGCCGCAUUAUAAAUCCCAGUUGUCCUCGGUUGGUUAUCACAUGUCCGUAACCAGGUUACCAACCGCAAGAGAUGUCGCGGAAGAGGAAAGCGGAAGUUGUUACCUGUGUCCAGAAAGUGUACGACGAAUCUUAACAACUAUGUUGGAUUUGAGCCUGCUUAAAAGCCCUUCUUUCUUGAUCUUAGCAGUCAGUGGAGGCCUUACUAUGAUGGGAUUCUAUACGCCCUUCAUGUAUCUGCCAGAUCGGGCCAUCAUGUCCGGAAUCCAAGCAUCGACCUCGAUGUUCUUGGUCUCCGUGAUCGGUAUUGGUAACACCGUGGGACGUGUUGUAUGCGGAGUGGCCAGCAGCAUACCGGGGGUGGAUGCUCUCGUAGUUAACAACAUCUUUAUCAGUAUCGGGGGAAUAGCGACCAUAUUAUCAGGAAUCUCCUUAUCGGAAGAAUAUCAAUUCUUUUAUGCAGCCAGUUUCGGGUUGAGUAUAUCGGUCUUCGCUUCUUUGAGGUCGAUUCUCGUGGUCGAUCUCAUGGGACUGGAGAAACUUACAAAUGCCUUCGGACUGCUUCUUCUUUUCCAAGGGGUUGCCGCCACUGUUGGUGCACCUCUAGCAGGAGCUUUCAUGGAUGCUACAGGGAGCUAUGAUGCUUCAUUCUACCUCUCAGGAUCCUUGAUCCUGAUGUCGGCGGUGAUAUGCUAUCCUCUGAAGAGGGUCAACCAAUGGGAGAGGCGCCGAGAACAGGAGAGGCUCGCAAACCUUUCUAAGUCGUGAUAGACGGCGACCAACAGAGAUUUCUAAGGAAAGACUGCCUUGUUUUCUUGUAAAUACUCUUCAGUCGCGUGUACAUAAAACUAAAAACUCGAACGGGAGUAUCGGAAUCUGCCAUUUCCGAGGAAUCGGCGUUUGCGCGUCGAGGAUCUAUCGCUUCCAACGAUCCAAAGGAUCGCUCGUUGUUGUUUCUCAGCGAACAUUUUCGUUAGAAACAUUACCAGAAAUGUUCGCAAGAGCAAAGAAAGUUUGCAUUUAGGAAAGUGAAUGCAUUUAACGCGCGAGAUUUUAGUAGACGGGACAAUGUGCUUCCUUUGUGUGAUGUGCGUGAAGAAAACGUUUUAGUAAUGAAUUAAGCACCGUAAUCAUAGGUGCUCGGAGGCUCAUGUAACCAUUUAUUCAAAUAAUUGCUGCACUCACGAGUCAGGCACUAAAUAACAAAAGUCAAAGAAUAUUUGUUACGCCUUGAAAACAGAUAUCCACAGGCAGAAUCGAAUUUACCUUGUGCAUAAUUCUUUAUCGUGUGAAAAUAUUUGAUAAUGAGAAAAUCGCAUCGGUCUAUGAAAAACGGCGCAGCAAACUACAGUUCUUGUGAUUAAUUAAUAAUUCUCAAGUUAUAGUUUUCUAUUCAAUAUCAAUACCAGUAUUUGUUGCAUUCUCUUUUCCAACGAUUCGUGGACGUAUAUUCCAUAUUGCUUCAUAUCAUCCAUAUAAAAAGCACCUUAUAAAUCAAAUAAUACGAGGUGAUCAGGUGAAUCCCAUGGGGCUGCAUCAACCGGGGCAUAAAAUCUUCUAUAAUAAAAAAACAAAUAACAGUCCUAUGUGUGUUAUAUAUUCAGCUGGUAUAAAAGUAAUUUAAAUUAGAAACCAAAGAAAUGGAAUAUAUUUAAAAAUACGAACUUUCACAACAAGUCCACCGUGAAGCGCGGAAAUAAAGGCGCGAGAAAUGACAUCGAUAGCAAGAAACUCGGUAUUUUGUUUUGCACAUUAGAUAUUGCUGCCAUUUUGUAGAAGUCUAAAGAGCCCGUAUGUAAAUGCACGGCAACGAUGAGACAUUUAUUUCCUAAUUUAACCUCCGAGCAUCUAUUGAAAUCAUUAAAGGCCGGCGUCUUUAAUCAACGUGUUUAAUCAUAGCCAAGGUCGCAGCAUAAAGUACCUCAAGACGACAUAACAACUGAUCGAUUCCGAGAACGACGUCACCAUAAUUAACUAGCGUGCAAUUAAUGCCUCUUAUAUGUGCUCUACUUGCAAAUGUUACCGCAUCCUUCUGCAUAAAUGCCGGAAUGCUUCUACGGUACGUCGUGCAGGUUUAAUUACACUCUCUGUGUGCGAGUCAGUGCAAUCAGGCGAAUCGUAAUUCACGGAAUCGACUCGGAUAUACUUAGAUGAGGACAAGUAGACGUCUUUUAUGCACGAGAUUCGUCGAAUCGAUUGAACGCGACAACUCCCUAUGGUUCCUAAUACGAGGCCAGAUAAAGAACCCAAUACACUCUCGUAGAUACUAUUAAGUGGGACAUAAUGCAAGAACAUUGUAUAUUUUUGUAUGAGAUUAGCGAGAAUCACGAGGGUGCCUUUAAUGACGAAUUAAGAGGACUUGUAAAUACGAAUUUAUCAGUGCUGUUCAUUUCGUUUGGUCUAUUUAAUUAUCAAAGUUUAAGACAAAUUCUUGCAUCUCUUUCGAAUGAUGACGUGAAAUUAAUGUCACUGAUAAACUCGAAUGAUAAAUAUCAAAACCCCUUAAGGUGAUAUGAAAGUGUCAUGUAUACAUACCAAAUAGUAAAAAUAUUUAUAUAACUUUUUGUCCAG